AUGGCCGUCUCCAUGCUGCACGCUCCCUCGCGGGCGUCGACCUCCUCGUCCUCGUCCUUCAUCCCCGUCUCGCGCCAGAACACCAUGUCUUCGCACGAUGGCUCGCGCUCGGUGCGCCAGUCGAAGCGCUACUCGGUCACCGCCCUGUACCUGUCCAUGUCCCAGAAGGAUAAGGAGCUGGAAAUCGAGGACGAUUUAGCAAGAGCCCAGAAGAUACUGCGCGAGCUAAAGGCCAAGAUCUCGUCGCAGUCAAAGAAGAACUUCGUCCUCGAGAAGGACGUGCGCUACCUCGACUCGCGGAUAGCGCUGCUCAUUCAGAACCGCAUGGCGUUGGAAGAGCAAAACGAGGUUGCAAGCCACCUCGACGAAGCCGCUGAGCUUCAAGAGGGCUUCUUUCCCAACGACGAGAAGACGCAGAAAUACGGAAACCUGCUCUUCCUCCUCCAGUCGGAGCCGAGGCACAUUGCCCACCUCUGCCGCCUUGUUUCCAUGGCCGAGAUCGACGCGCUGCUGCAGACCGUCAUGUUCACCAUCUACGGGAAUCAGUAUGAGAGUCGAGAAGAGCAUCUGCUACUGACUAUGUUUCAGUCUGUUCUCACAUAUCAAUUCGACAAUACCCCGGACUAUAGUUCCCUACUUCGCGCCAACACCCCGGUUUCGCGCAUGAUGACCACGUACACCCGCCGAGGACCUGGUCAAAGCUACCUCAAGGUUGUCCUGCAAGAACGCAUCAACUCGCUGAUUGAGUUGAAAGACCUGGAUCUCGAGAUUAAUCCCCUCAAGGUAUAUGAGAAGAUGGUCAGUGAGAUCGAAGAGCAGCAGGGAAAACUGCCACCCAACCUUCCCAAAGGCGUGACUGCCGAACAGGCUGCGGAGAAUGAGACGGUGCAGCAGAUCAUUGCCCCGCGGCUGACCAUGCUCAUGGAAAUCGCCAACAACUUCCUCACUACCAUCAUCAACGGCCUGGAGGAGACGCCAUACGGAAUUCGAUGGAUCUGCAAGCAGAUCCGCAGUCUCUCGCGGCGGAAGUAUCCCGAUGCGCAGGACCAGACCAUUUGCACGCUCAUCGGAGGUUUCUUUUUCCUCCGAUUCAUCAAUCCCGCAAUUGUUACGCCGAGAUCGUACAUGCUGAUUGAUGCGACCCCGGCUGAGAACCCGAAGCGUACACUCACCUAUGUUGCGAAGAUGCUGCAGAACCUGGCCAACAAGCCGUCGUAUGCGAAGGAGCCGUACAUGGUCAAGCUGCAACCAUUCAUCCAACAGAACAAGGAGCGCAUCAACAAGUUCCUGCUCGAUCUCUGCGAAGUGCAGGACUUCUAUGAGAGCUUGGAGAUGGACAAUUAUGUUGCGCUCUCCAAGAGGGAUCUCGAGCUUUCCAUUUCCCUUAACGAAGUGUACGCCACGCAUGCACUGCUCGAAAGGCAUGUAACCGAGCUGGCAAAAGACGACAGCUCACAUUUAGGCGUAAUCCUCCAAGAACUCGGACCAGCUCCGGCUCAGCUGCCGCGGAAAGAGAAUCGAGCCAUCAAUCUGCCACUGUUCAGCAAGUGGGAGACGCCUAUCGACGAUCUCACUGCAGCGCUGGACAUCACUCAGGAAGAGAUCUACUUCAUGGAAGCCAAGUCCACCUUUGUCAUGAUUCUGAGAUCGCUUCCUCCUAAUACGUCAAUCACGCGCAGGCCAUUGAGGCUCGACCGCAUAGCCGAGGCAGCAGCUACUACGAAGAAUGACUCGGUGAUGGUGAAGAAGGGCAUCCGCAGCAUGGAGCUACUGAGCCAGCUGCAAGAGCUUGGUGUCAUUGACAAGGAAGACGGAUUCUCUUUGCUCCGAGAUGAGGUCGAACAAGAGCUGGCCCACCUGGGUUCUAUGAAGGAGAAGGUUAUUGAAGAGACGAGGAAGCUCGAAGAAGUACAUCGCACCAUCCGUGGCCACAACGCGUAUCUUGUUGGACAACUCGAGACAUACAAAUCGUACCUCCACAACGUCCGGAGCCAGUCCGAGGGCAAGACCAGGAAGCAACAGAAACACCAGGUUCUUGGACCCUACAAGUUCACUCACCAGCAGCUCGAGAAGGAGGGCGUCAUUCAGAAGAGCAAUGUCCCUGAGAACCGAAGAGCCAACAUCUACUUCAACUUCACGAGCCCUCUUCCUGGGACCUUCGUCAUCUCGCUUCACUACAAGGGUCGCAACCGCGGUCUUCUGGAGCUCGACCUCAAAUUGGACGAUCUCCUGGAGAUGCAGAAGGACAACCAGGAAGAUCUGGAUCUCGAAUACGUCCAGUUCAACGUCUCGAAGGUGCUCGUCCUCCUCAACAAGCGGUUUGCUCGGAAGAAGGGAUGGUAG